AGAAAUAUGAAAAUUUGUUUAUUUUCAAGUAAACCUUAUUGGCAAAAAUGGUUUGGAAAUGUUAAUAGUGAAUAUAAAAUAGAUUAUUUUACUCAACCUCUAAAUAUUAAUACUGUCAAAGAAACAAAAGGAUAUCAAGCAGUUUGUUGCUUUGUAAAUGAUGAUUUAAAUAAAGAUGUUAUUAAAAAGUUAUCAGAGAAUGGUGUAAAGGUAAUCUUAAUGAGAUGUGCAGGAUUCAACAAGGUAGAUUUAGAAACUGCAAGCAAACUAGAAAUACCAGUAUUAAGAGUUCCAACAUAUUCCCCAAAUGCGGUUUCAGAAUAUGCAUUAUCUUUAAUGCUAACUUUAAAUAGAAAAACACACAAAGCAUACAGUCGUGUCAAAGAAGGAAAUUUUGAAAUAAAUGGUUUGGAAGGUUUCAAUAUGAGCAACAAAAUAUUUGGUAUUAUUGGUACCGGAAAUAUUGGGUAUCAUUUGAUCCGUGUUUUAAGAUUGGGUUUCAAUGCAAAAGUAUUUGCAUAUGACAUUUACAAAUCCAAAGAAUGCAUAGAAUUGGGUGUAGAAUAUGUAGAUUCUGUUGAUGAAAUAUGGAAGAAAUGUGAUAUUAUUAGUCUUCACACUCCUCUAAAUCCAGAAACAAAAUAUUUAAUCAAUAAAGAAUCACUUGCUAAAAUGAAAGAUGGUGUUAUGAUAAUCAAUGUCUCAAGAGGUGCUCUUAUUAACACAAGAGAUGCUAUCAAUGCUUUAAAAACCGGUAAAAUUGGUUACCUUGGUUUAGAUACCUAUGAACACGAGGAGGAAUAUUUCUUCCAAGACCACAGCGACCAAAUCAUCAAAGAUGAAAAUCUUCAGCUUUUGGUUUCGUUUCCCAAUGUAAUUGUUUCAUCUCAUCAAGCAUGGUACACAAAAGAAGCAAUCUCUGCAAUUUGCAGCACAACCAUCCAAAAUCUAUCAGACUAUGAAAAAGGAGAAAUUAAAAAAUCAAAUUUGGUAAAUAAACCACAACAAUAA